ACGGCAUGGAUGUAGAUCCUGGGAGCCUCAGGCCGAGCCCUCUCGCCAUCUCAACAGCCCAGACUCAUGACAAUCUGGCUUCUGCUUCAGCCGCCCAUCUUUCACCGUUGCCUUACGCCAUGCAUAUCAGCGUAGAAGGAACAACAAGAACAUUAAUUCUAAAAAUGGAUGACUCCUUUAUGACUGACUUUUCGAAC